AUGACGUUUAUUAAUUGCCUUAUGAGAAUGAGGUGCAAUCUCUUUGAGUGCUGCUGCACUAGCACUUCUGACACAUUUCCAAAGCAGAGUAAAUGGAAAAUCUUGCCCUACGAGAAACUUGCAAAAGUCACAGAUAACUUCAAUCGAUCUCAUUGUCUUGGAAAAAGAGGCUUUGCCACUGAGUAUUACGGAAAACUUGAGGAUGGGCGCGAGAUUAUGAUCCAGUGCUUCAACGAAGACAAGCAUCAUACAUUGCAACAAUUUAUCAAUGAAACUUCUAUUCUAAAUGACUUGCCUCACAAAAAUAUUGUGUCAAUUUAUGGGUAUGCUUCUCACAAUGAACAAUCCCUGCUAGUCCAUGAAUACAUAUCCAAUGGCAAUCUUGCUGCUCAUCUUAAAAGUGAAGAUGGAAACAGCACACAAUCUUGGCUGACACGAUUAGAUGUAGCCAUUGACAUUGCAAAUGCAGUGGACUAUCUUCACUAUUAUGGCAUCAUCCACCGCAAUGUAAAAUCCAGCAAUAUUCUCCUAGAUGUGAACUUUUCUGCUAAACUUGCUAACCUUCAUUUAUCAUGCAAACUUCCAGCUGGAGUUCCUGUCUAUGCCACCCAUGUUACUAAUGAUAUAAUUGGAACAUGUGGUUAUAUCGACCCGGAGUAUUUGAAAAAGGGACAGCUUAGUGUAAAAAAUGAUGUUUAUAGCUUUGGGGUAGUGUUGUGUGAGCUUCUAUCAUCAAAGCUGGCAAAAUACUGGGUUCUAAACGAGGAGGAUAAUCUUGCUACCCUUUUAAGCAGAAAAAUUGAACGCUCUGAGCUUGCACUUUUGUGCAUGAAAUGUCCACAAGAAUUAAGGCCAAGCAUGGAACAGGUGCUAGAGAUUCUCAAUGGCAUAAAGCAGGGGAGACAUGAAACAAACACAACAAAAGCUUUGAAAAUCUUCCACCCUGCUGAACUCGAAGAGGCUACUAACAACUUUGAUACUUGCCUUGGAAAGGGAGGCUAUGGCACCGUGUACUAUGUGUGCCAUGUAUUACGAAAACUUAAGGAUGGGCGAGAGGUUGCAAUAAAAUGUUUCCAUGACGAGAGUGAGACAGAAAAGACUAUUAAGCAAUUCAUGCAAGAAAUUGAGAUCUUGGGUCUGUUGCACAAUAUAAAUCUGGUUUUACUUUAUGGCCGCACUUCUCGCCAUAGCAACAAACACAUGCUAGUGUACGAGCACAUCUCCAAUGGCACUCUUUCUAAACAUCUUCAUGAAUCUUACUGUGGCAAACUACCAUGGCAUACUAGAUUGAACAUAGCCAUCGAAACUGCAACUGCCUUGGUAUAUCUUCAUGACUCGGGCAUCAUCCACCGAGAUAUUUUUGGAUUCUCACGGUCUCUUCCAGAUCAUGUCACUCACGUUUCCACUAUUCCUGUAGGAACACGUGCUUACAUAGAUCCUGACUACUAUGAAUCUGGAAGGGUCAGUGACAAAAGUGAAUUCUAUAGUUUUGGGGUGGUAUUGUUGGAACUUAUAUCUUCCAACCCCCCAAUUUUAUUGGAAGGCACAGAAUAUGUUACUCUUGCACAGUUUGCAAAGGGAAAAAUCUUAAACAGGGAAUUAAACGCGGUAGUGGAUCCAAGCUUUUGGUUUGGUGUUGACGGAAACAUGAUGGAAAUGAUAACGGCAGUGGCAGAGUUAGCAUUUCAGUGUGUGCAGUGUCCCAAGGAACUCAGACCAUCUAUGAAUCAGGUGGUAGACACCCUUGAGGGCAUUAGGAAAGGAACAUGGGGAUUCAACCAGAUAACAUAG